CGCUCGGACCGCGUCUCGCGCUGCUGGGAGUUCACUAGCGAGACUUCAGUUCACCGUCGUUCAAGGACAGAUAAAGCCAGAGAGUGGUGUUUGUUCAGAUUAACAGAGGAAGAAUUAGGUCAUCGCGUUCUGGUCGAAGUGUUGGGCUCAUCAUGAAGAUGUGCGUGAUAACAGCGAUGCUUUUCCUGGUGCUCUCCGGGCAGUGCGGCAUCCUGGCUGGGAAAGUGAAUAAGCACAAACCAUGGAUCGAGACAUCCUACCAUGGUGUCAUCACCGAAAACAUGGACACGGUACUGCUCGACCCCCCUCUGGUCGCAUUGGACAAAGAUGCCCCUGUCCCUUAUGCAGGAGAGAUCUGUGCAUUUAAGAUUCAUGGGCAGGAGGCCCCGUUUGAAGCUGAGGUGUUGAACAGGACAUCUGGUGAAGGGGUGCUGAGGGCCCGGGGUCCCAUAGACUGCGAGCAGCAGAAGGAGUACACCUUCAUUAUCCAGGCCUAUGACUGUGGAGCCAGCCCUAGUGGAGCUAACUGGAAAAAGAGCCACAAGGCGGUGGUUCAUAUCCAGGUGGAUGAUGUAAAUGAGGUCUCUCCAGUGUUCAGGGAGCCAUUAUAUCGUGCCACUGUUACAGAGGGCAAGAUCUAUGACAGCAUACUGCAAGUUGAGGCCUGGGAUCAGGACUGCUCUCCGCAGUACAGCCAGAUCUGCAACUAUGAGAUUGUUACACAGGAUACACCUUUUGCUAUUGAUCGAAAUGGCAACAUCAGGAACACGGAGCGACUGAGCUAUGACAAACAGCAGCACUACAAAAUCAUGGUGACUGCUUACGAUUGUGGCCAGAAAAAGGCGAUGGAAAGUGUUCCGGUUCACAUUGAUGUCAAACCAGUGUGCAAACCUGGCUGGCAAGGUUGGAACAAGCGUUUGGAUUAUGAACCUGGAACAGGCAGCAAGCAGCUCUUUCCCAAGAUGCACCUGGAGACCUGCGAUGGCCCUUUAUCUUCAGUGCGAGCCAUGGUGGAACUGCAGACCAGCCAUAUUGGGAAGGGCUGUGACAGAGAGACCUAUUCUGAGAAGUCUCUGCAGAAGCUCUGCGGAGCAGCCUCGGGCAGCACAGACCUUCUCCCGGCGCCGAGCGUGUCCACCAAUUGGACGGCUUCCUUGCUGACAGACAGCGGCCGAGACAGCGACCUCAUCUUCAGAUUUGAUGGACGACAGGCGGCCAAUAUCCCAGAGUGGGUUGUGCCACAGAACCUGACGGAUCAGUUUACCAUAGCAACAUGGAUGAAGCAUGGGCCAAGUCCUGGGCUGAGAGCCGAGAAGGAGACGUUGCUGUGUAAUUCUGAUAAAACUGAGAUGAACAGGCAUCAUUACUCUCUAUAUGUCCACAACUGCCGUCUGGUGUUUCUUCUGAGGCGAGACUUUAUUCAGCUGGACUCCUUCAGGCCGGCAGAGUUCCACUGGAGACUGGAACAGAUCUGUGAUAAAGAGUGGCAUUACUACGUCAUCAAUGUGGAGUUUCCUUCAGUGACGCUCUUCGUAGACGGAGUGACGUACGAACCCUACCUUGUGACGGACGACUGGCCCAUCCACCCCUCUGAGAUCGAUGUACAGCUAACUGUAGGUGCCUGCUGGCAAGGAGGAGAGGUGACCACUCCAAGGUUCACACAGUAUUUCCGGGGAAGCCUCUCAGGCUUGACUAUCCGACCUGGGAAGAUCGCAACUCAAAAGGUGAUCUCCUGCCUACAGGCUUGCAAGGAAGGCCUGGACAUCAGCUCACUCGAGAGUCUGGGAAAAGGCAUAAAGUUCCACUUCAACCCGGCUCAGUCGGUGCUGGUCAUGGAGGCAGAUGAUUUGGAGAGCAUCAACACAGCCAUGACUAAAGUUUCCUACAUUAACUCUCGGCAGUUUCCCACUCCCGGUCUGCGCAAACUCCACAUAACCACUACAGUCCAGUGUUUCGGUGAAGAUACGUGCAUCUCUAUUCCAGACAUCAAAGCAAUGGUGAUGGUGCUGCCGCCCAGUGAACCUCGGAUCACCAUUGCUGGAGUGGAGCGGCUGGUUUGGCCCGCGGCUCAGCUCCGAGCCCCUGUUGGGGUGGCCCUGUUCAAGGACAUACACAUCAUUAGUACCGUCACCAAGACCGACGCCACCCUCAGCAUAGCCCGCAGGCCUGGUGUGCUGGAGUUGAUGCAUAACCUGGAUUAUUGUGAUGUGCUGGUGAUCGGAGAGGAGCUGGACCCGGAGCGGGAGAGUCUGGAGAUCCACCACAGCUCUCUCUUGGGCAAACAUCUGGAUGCCACCAACUCUACCUCUGGCAUCUCCAUCUACGGUGUGGACUCCAUGGCGCAUUAUGAACAGGCCAUCAGGCAGGUGAGGUACCAUAACUGGAAGCCUGGCGGUCUGUCUGAGAGAAGGUUCCGGCUCAGUUGCUCUGAACUGAAUGGACGCUACACAAGCAAUGAGUUCAACUUUGAGAUUGCAAUAGUGCACAGCUCAGAAGCCGAAGAGCAUGUCAAUCACAUGGCCGUCCAAUCCCAGUACAUGAGACCUGUGCAUCAUCCACUGGUGGUCCAUACUGUCAACUCUGAUCACAUCUCAGGUACCCCUCCUGCGGCAACAGUAGUAAUCGUAAUGUGCAUCGCUGCCCUGGUGGUCAUUGUGGUCUUGGGAAUCUACCGCAUCCACACCACCCACCAGGAUGGUUCAAAAGAGGACGAAGAGGGAAGAAAAGACCCAGAGAUGGACUGGGACGACUCCAAUCUUAAUAUCACUGUUAAUCCCAUGGAGAGCAUUGAUGGGACUCCGAUUGCUGAGGAGGUGAGGGAGGAGGAGCCAGAGGAAGAGGAGGAUGAAGACGAAGAGGAUGAUGAACUGGCAGGAGAUCUCUUUAGUGCUGAAUCCGAGGACAGUGAUGAAGAGGAAGAGACUAACAUUCAGAAGGGAAAAGUGAAAGGAAAGCUUGAGUGGGACCCGUCAACAUUACCCUAUUAAGAAGCACACACACACACACACACACACACACACAGACACAGUCGCUCACACACACACACACACAUGCAUACACCAUCACACAAGCAAGAUUCACAUGCAGACAUAGACUUGUGCACACACAAAUACACAUAUAUACAUAAAACGCUCGCAUUUAAUGCCCUCUCACACUUACAGAAGCCAGAAUUUAUUGCCUGAAAAGCUGUCACACAUCAGCCUGAUUUUGACUCUUUCCAACACCCACAAAAAGCAUCCUGUAACGCCAUCUGCUGGUCAAUAUUGGGACUUGCACCCUCAGUCCAA